GCCGGAGGCAAGUCGCAAGGGCGCAGAAUUCAAGAGACACAAGCGUGCUGUUUCCCCCUACUAUUUUCCACGCCAUUAAACCUUUCUUGCCGUGCUGCGAGCAGAGCGUGCAGCUUUGGCCUUCGCCGUAACCUCAAACCCCACCGUCCACACCGCACGCACCGACCUUGAAUCCUCGAGCGGACAGCUGCACGAGGCACACAUACGCCGUCGCGAAUUAUUAAUCGCGACCAUGGACGCCGCGGGCCUUCGUGACCGCAUCCAGGCCACACUCGACCCUAAUGCUGCUAUCCGCCAGCAAGCUGAGCUGGACCUGAAGCAUGCCGAGGAGCAGCCAGGCUUCACUGAUGGGCUGCUGAACGUUCUCCAGCAGGAGCAGGAGCCUGCGAUCCGACUGUCGACUGUUGUCUACCUCAAGAACCGCGUCUCCAAGGGCUGGGCGCCGGCCGAGGAGUACAGCCAGGCCAAGCCUAUCCCAGAGGAAGAGAAGACUUCUUUCCGAGACCGCCUCGUACCCGUCCUCGUUGCCUCGCCGCCGCAGAUCCGCCUGCAGCUCAUCCCCACCCUACAGAAGAUCCUCGCAUACGACUUCCCGUCAAAAUGGCCCAACUUCCUCGACAUCACUAUCCAGCUGCUGAACGCUGGAGAUAUUGCGUCAGUCUUCGCUGGCGUGCAGUGUCUGUUGGCGAUCUGCAAGAUCUACAGAUUCAAGUCUGGCGAGAACAGGGCAGACUUCGACAAGAUUGUCGCCAUGUCUUUUCCGCAAUUGCUGAACAUUGGCAAUUCGUUGGCAGGCGAGACGAGUCUCGAGGCUGGAGAAAUCCUCCGCACCGUGCUAAAGGUGUACAAGCACGCCAUCUACUUUGAUCUCCCCGCCUCUCUCCGCGAACAGCAGACUAUGGUUGGGUGGUGCACACUCUUCCUGACCGUCGUUGGCAAGGAGCCACCAGAGACAUCUAUGGUUGAGGACCUUGACGAGCGCGAGGUCAACCACUGGUGGAAAGCAAAGAAAUGGUCAUACGCGAACUUGAACCGUCUUUACGUCAGAUACGGGAACCCAUCUGCGCUGGGCAAAAACAACGAGGUCGACUACACCGAGGUCGCCAAGAACUUCAUCGCCAACUUCGCUCCUGAGAUCCUCAAGGUCUACCUCCAGCAGAUCGAGAAGUGGGUUGGCAAGCAGGUCUGGCUGUCCAAGGCCAGUCUGUACUAUACUCUGAGCUUCUUGGACGAAUGCAUCAAGCCCAAGUCCAUGUGGACCUUGCUGAAGCCACACACCGACAACCUCAUUUCGCAUCUGAUAUUUCCAGUCUUGUGUCAGUCAGAUGAGGAUAUCGAAUUGUUCGACGAGGAGCCGCAGGAGUAUCUGCACCGCAAGUUGAACUUCUACGAAGAUGUUACCGCCCCCGAUGUCGCUGCCACAAACUUCCUCGUCACACUUACAAAGAGCCGUAGGAAGACCACUUUCACCAUACUUAACUACAUCAACGAGGUGGUCAACCAAUACGAGGCUGCACCAGAUGGCGAGAAGAACCCGAGAGAAAAGGAAGGGGCGCUGCGCAUGAUUGGCACACUCUCUGGUGUCAUUUUGGGCAAGAAGAGCCCUAUCGCCGAUCAGGUCGAAUACUUCUUUGUUCGUCAUGUCUUCCCCGAGUUCCGCAGUUCUCAUGGCUUCCUCCGUGCACGCGCGUGCGAUACCCUUGAGAAGUUCGAGCAGCUCGAUUUCAAGGACCCCAAUAACCUCAUCAUCAUUUACCGCAACAUUCUCGAGUCCAUGGCAGAUUCCUGCCUUCCCGUUCGUGUAGCCGCCGCCCUGGCUCUUCAGCCCCUGAUACGCCACGAUGUCAUCCGGACCAAUAUGAAGACCAACAUUCCCCAGGUUAUGCAGCAGCUCCUCAAAUUAGCGAACGAGGUUGAUGUGGAUGCCCUCGCCAAUGUUAUGGAGGACUUCGUCGAGAUUUUCGCACCAGAAUUGACACCAUUCGCGGUCGCGCUUAGUGAGCAACUCCGCGACACAUACCUCCGCAUCGUCCGCGAGCUCGUGUCUAGGAAUCAAGAGAAGGGCGACGAUAGCGAGUAUGGCGAUUUCUUGGACGAGAAGAGUAUCACAGCUCUUGGUGUUCUGCAAACCAUCGGGACCCUGAUCCUUACGCUCGAGAGCACACCGGACGUCCUCCUGCACCUCGAGACUAUUCUCAUGCCUGUCAUCACGAUCACGCUUGAGAACAAGCUCUAUGACCUGUACAACGAGGUCUUUGAGAUCAUCGAUAGCUGCACGUUUGCUGCCAAGAGCAUUUCGCCAACCAUGUGGCAGGCUUUUGAGCUUAUUCACAGAACAUUCAAGGCCGGUGCCGAGCUCUACCUUGAAGAUAUGCUGCCUGCCCUGGAAAACUUUGUGAACUACGGAACCCAAACCCUCGUGCAGAACCGGGCUUACCUUGACGCCAUGGUUGACAUGGUUCGCACCAUCUUCAAGGACGACAAGGUCGGAGGUGUUGACCGCAUCUGCGGUUGCAAGCUCGCCGAGAUUAUCAUGCUGAACAUGCGUGGUCACGUUGACGACUACGUCCCGGAGUUCCUCUCGCUUGCUAUGCAAGUCCUGACUAACGAUGAGCCUAAGGUCAAGUCUCUCCGCAUCCACCUGAUGGAGGUCAUCAUCAACAGCAUUUACUACAACCCCGCCCUUGCGCUCCACGUACUUGAGGCGAACGGCUGGACCAACAAGUUCUUCAGCCUGUGGUUCUCCAGUAUUGAUAACUUCACAAGAGUCCACGAUAAGAAGCUGUGCAUUUCUGCUAUUUGCGCGCUCCUAACUUUGAACGCCCAAAGUGUACCUAUCAGCGUUCAGCAGGGAUGGCCGCGCCUACUGCAGGGCGUUGUACGACUCUUCCAGACCCUGCCCGCCGCUUUGAAGAACCGUGAGGAGGCCAAGAGGGAGGACAACUUCGACUUCGCCAAUGAGUAUGAGGAGGACGAGGAAGAUGAAGAGUGGGAGCAGGAAGCCGACUGGAACAACGAGGCUGAUGAAGAGGAGAUCAAGGACGAAAGCGCCGCUUACCUCGAAUUUUUGAACGAAGAAGCUCAAAAGUUCGGCGGCGUCGAUGACGAUGAUGACGAUGACGAACUCGAGGAGGAGAGCCUCCUCGAAACACCCCUGGACAAGGUGGAGCCAUACGCUAUGUUCAAGCAUGCACUGCUCCAACUUCAACAAGAGCAGCCCGCGCUGUAUGAGAAUCUCACGAAGAACCUCAACCCUGAGGAGCAGGUAGUCGUCCAGGGCGCUGUCCACCAAGCCGACAUCAUUGCACAAGCUCAGGCUCAGGCCGCUGCCGCUGCGGCUAACGGCCAGCCCGGUUUGCCCCAGCAGUAGGAUGGCUGGGACAUGUUCACGCAAAUUCGUCGAAAGAUGAGUCUUGCGAACCAUCAAGCAGACAAAUAUAGAUAGCUUCUCUUUCUUCAAAGGCAUUGGAUUCCCAUUUCCCUUUUUCUUCGUUUAGCGAGCAUUUGUGGCACACCCCCCUGGCGUUUUUUGUUGACAAAGACGGUUCGGUGGAUGUCUCGGGCGGUUGGGUUGAUCCGGCGUAUGUGUUGUCUAGGGUGGAGGAUAUCCCUUGGGAAAGAGGGGGAAAUAAACAGGGACGAGCAGAAAAGGCAGGGGCGACGGUAGGUACUGUGGAAGUGGGCGACCACGCGAUCCAGUGAUGAUGAGGCGCGAAGUGAGCAGCCGGCUGGAGGGCAGCGAAGGUGCACUCUGUUGUGGGUCUAGAAAGAUAAAGCAUCGUGUGAC